AUGAUUAUUCAAGGCGAAUCAGAGACUCUUUACGAGUAUUGGGAGCGCUUCAAUAAUCUCCUAGAUGUGUGCCCCCACCACAUGAUUGACAAGUUGGUGUUGAUCAGCUACUUCACACAAGGCAUGAAACCUCAGGACAAGACUACAUUAGAUGGUGCGAGUAACGGUUCUCUGAAAAAGUACAAGACCACAGAAGAAGCAUGGCAACUGAUCGCCGACUUAGCUGAGUCCGCUCAGAAUCACAAGCACAACAGGAAUAACCACCCCAAGGUUGUGGCAGAGGUUUCCUCUGGCAAUGAGAAUAAUGCUCUCACACAAUCAAUAUGUGAGAUGACCAACCUACUGAAGGAGAUACAUCUAGGCCAACAACAAUCUCAACCUCUUUCACCACAACAUAGUCAACAACUGGUUCCUCAGAGAGUAUGUGGAAUAUGCACUGAUUAUAAUAAUUACACUGAUGAAUGUCCACAACUCCAACAUGAAGACAACACCGUGGCAGCUAUUCACAAUUUCUAUGACUGCCCGAAUCAAGGAUACUAUCAACAAGGCGGCAACUAUAACCAAGGUGGGAACUUUAACCAAGCUCUCGUCUCACAGAUUGGAUCACUGAAUAACUCCAACAACCAGCCUUCAAGCUCCAGUGGAAUUCCUUCUCAACCCUUAUCCAACCCCAAGGGUGGCAUCAAUGCCAUCACCUUGAGGUCCAGAACCACACUGCAAGAGAGGAAUCUUGAGGAUCCAAGCCAACUAGAAUACGCCUCAGCUGAGGACAUGCUUGAAGUGGAGGAUGUUGAAAAGGAAGAUGAAGUACAAGACACGGUUGAAGAAGAAUGCGACAUAAUUGAUGAGACAGUGGUUACAGUUCACCAGGAAGCAGUAGAAGAGAUACACAUGGAGCAAGGUCCAUGUGUGGGGAACCCCUCUGAAUACAAUGAGGACAUUAUGCCAUCAUCACUGGCUCCCGACGAUCCAGUGCCCAAUCCAGCAAAGGUAAAUGUCAUUUCUAGUCUGCCUUACCCCUCUUCUGUGAGGGAAGUCCGUUCGUUCCGUGGUCAUGCAGGUUUCUAUCGGAGAUUUAUCAAGGACUUUAGUAAGUAUCUGAAGUAG